CACUCACGCUAGCCAACGCUACCAUGAGCUCAUCCUCCACUGAUUCCCCUCCACCCCAGAGGCACGUGAGCAAAGGCCAGCCACCCGCGGUCAGGGCCGUUGACGCCCAACCGUUUGAAGAGACUCGAACCCACGCCAAUUUUGAAGAUUACUCUUCAAAUAAGUCAACUACGCUCAAGGCCACAGAUUUUUCGCGUUUUUCUGAGGCCAAAAAAAUUGAAAUCGUUCCCCUAUCUGCCGACCCCAACCUCAGAGCUUGGGAUCCUUUACACAAUAGGCCGUUCGGAGAAAAUGCGCUCAAGUUCCACGCCAGUGAUUUUGAGGCGGGCGCCAGCGGGGUGUCGGGGAGAACUAGCACCCAGGCAAUGAAGGACGAGCUUUUGGCUAGGUACGAUGCCUUGUCCACACUGCAAAUGGCCAAACGGGCUGCUGACAUCUUAAAAACCAACGCCGUGGACAAGACUCCAUUCCAGCGAAAACCCACCAAGAAAAAAAGGCUUUUCAUAGCAGAGUAGGGCUCAUAGAAAUAGCCAGAAAUUGUAUAAAAAUAUCUCACGUUUUUGUAAUCA